AUGCCAGUAACCCCACCCCUCGCGACCCAGACGCUGCCUGUUCGUUUGUUUGCCGACUCUGUGCUGGGAUGCAACGAGUACCCCCGGCCCGGUCUCACCGUGGAUGCCGUAAUGGUGACUGGGGAGGAGAGGCCCCAGGUCCUGCUCAUCCGCAGGAAGAACGAUCCUUUCGCCGGAAGCUGGGCCCUCCCAGGCGGAUUUGUGGACGAAGGGGAGGACCUGGGCGCCGCCGCCGCCCGCGAGCUGGAGGAAGAGACGGGGCUGAGCGCGCGCGAGGCGGGGCUCACACAGGUCGGGGCCUUCGGCGAGCCCGGGCGGGACCCCAGGGGCUGGUGCGUCAGCGUGGCCUACGCCGCGCUCCUGCCCGCACAAGCCGAGGUGCUGGGGGCUGACGACGCCGAGGAGGCCCAGGGGUUGGCCCCUGGCGGGUCAUGA